GACUGAUGAGAGUGAGAGUGUGCGUGUGAGUGGAAGUAGGAGUGAGAGUGAAAGUGAAAAUGGUGAUGAUUGAGGGUAUGUGAGUUCAAGUCGAGCAAAAGAUAAAUUUCUAGUUGUGGAAAGGUCGUCCGGCCUAAGCUUACUCAUGUACCAGAGCCACAUGUCAUUGAUCGACUUGAUCAACUGGUACACUCGUGUGAAGCAAUGGCAUCGUCAUGAUUUUCUUUCCACUGACUUCUACAGAAAGUGGGAAAGUUAUGGAUUAUUUGAUCUAUUUGUCCCUCAAGGUGAGUAUUUCCAUACAGAUUGGACUCCGAGUCAAGAUUGGGAAAGUUGGUCGCCUCCUAGUGUAUCACCAGAUUGGUAUUUGGUUGUCGAAACUCUAGCAAGGCUGUACUUUUCUGAGGAGAGAGAUAACAAAAAUAAACGACGGAAUCCAGACUCGCUUCCGCUCACCAAGCCUGACCAGCUGAAUCUUGUUGUAGGGGUGUCGCGGAACCAGGAAUCUCCUAGACAGGAAUUUUCAAUCAACGAUCAGUGCUAUUCUGAAGGAGAAUCUCGAGCUAAUCCGAACUCCCACGGUGGACUUUCUUCUAAGUUGGCUACCGAAGAUAGAGAUGCUAAUAAAUGGCCAUGGAGAAUAGAUUCGGGGCCUUCUGAUAAUGAUUGGGCCACGUGUGGCGAGGUCCGGGGACCAUCGACUGGAACCACUAACAACUGUAGAGGAGGGGGUAGCCCUGAAGGGGGCGAUGACUCUCUAGUGCCAGCUCUGGAAAAAUCGGAUUUAUAUGAUCAUGGUGGUCGAGCUCCGCAAGCAGUAGCGGACAGCUACCAAGGUUGGGGAGCACAAUCAGAUGAUGGUGGUUGGACUUGAUAUGUAUCAUAGCGGCGUUAAAACAUCUCUGUGAUAAUUUCGCUUGCAUUUAUUUGGAACGGGUCUAUAGUUUAGCAUCAAGAUGCUCAAAUAAAACAACCAGACGUAUUAUCUCACAAGCUAAGAAUAUUGCAUGGGCCUAUCACAGAACUUUAAACCACCGUAUGAUUGCUUUGUAACAUUGAUUGCGGCUAACGGAGUUUUCAUCACGAAGUUAUGCGCUUAGCUACUACUGUUGCUUUAUCAUGGUUACAAAGCUGUAAAAGCAUCCUAAGAUAAUCUGGUAGUGUCACAAUCCCUCAAAAAGCCAACAUACGAACUGGGUCUCGGGAUUAGGGCUCGCAAGAUGGAGCUUGAUCUCGCAGCUAGAACAGGUUCCGCGCCAAGGGAAAACAUCAUGUAACUUGGAAACAUUGCUGCGCAUGGUGCAGAUAUUGGAUCGAUC